ACAUCAUCACCGAUCAAGCGAUUAUCAGUACAGCAGCUCGGGCAACAUGGGCAUGCCAGGAGGGCCAAUGAGUCGUGGAAUGGGAGGCCGCGGGCCAAUGAACAUGAUGAAUGCGCUGAAUGUGCUCUCGGGACAGGCUUUCAGCGAGACCGAUCUCAUGACCGACUUACCAAAGAAGAAGUUCACCGGUCGUUGCCGAUUGUUUGACACUCGUGCACACGCAGAAAGCGCAAAGGAGGCAAUUGAUGGUACUUUAAUUCAUGGUCGUCCGGUGCGAGUACGCUUUGCGGUACAUGGGGCUGCGUUGCGCGUCAAGGAACUGUCGGCGACCGUCUCAAACGAGAUGUUGUAUCAUGCGUUCUCGGCGUUUGGCGAAGUUGAGCGAGCAGUACACAUCGUCGAUGAGAAGGGCAAACCAACGGGCGAGGGAAUCGUCGAGUUUGAGCGUAAGCCGUCCGCCAAUGAAGCGCUUCAUCAAAUACGUGAAAAAGUUUUUCUGCUAACUGCGUAAGU